GAAUACGUGCUGACCUCACAGCCGAAAAAAACUAUUUAAAAGAUGUGGAAACCAGAUGUUUCAGCCGCAUUCCAGUCGCUGCUCUGAGAAUUUCUUGUGGGCAGCCCCGACAUUGUAACCGGCUCUGCAACCGAAGAGAGAUGGUCGUCUUCCUAUGCUUAUGCGUCUUGCUGUGGGAAGAGGCUCACGGAUGGGGAUUCAAGAAUGGGAUCUUUCAUAACUCCAUAUGGCUUGAACAAGCAGCAGGCGUAUACCACAGAGAAGCUCGGGCUGGCAGAUACAAGCUCACCUACGCAGAAGCCAAGGCCGUAUGUGAAUUUGAAGGUGGUCGUCUCGCAACCUACAAGCAACUAGAAGCAGCCAGAAAAAUUGGAUUUCAUGUCUGUGCUGCUGGAUGGAUGGCCAAGGGUAGAGUCGGAUACCCCAUUGUGAAACCUGGGCCCAACUGUGGAUUUGGGAAAACGGGUAUCAUCGAUUAUGGAAUCCGGCUCAACAGGAGCGAGCGGUGGGAUGCCUAUUGCUACAACCCACACGCAAAGGAGUGUGGCGGUGUCUUCACAGAUCCAAAGCGAAUUUUUAAAUCCCCGGGCUUCCCAAAUGAGUAUGAUGACAACCAGGUCUGCUACUGGCACAUCCGGCUCAAGUACGGUCAGCGCAUUCACCUGAGCUUUUUGGACUUUGACCUUGAACAUGACCCAGGCUGCUUGGCUGAUUAUGUAGAAAUCUAUGACAGUUACGAUGACGUCCACGGCUUUGUAGGAAGAUACUGCGGCGAUGAACUUCCAGAAGACAUCAUUAGCACAGGAAAUGUCAUGACCUUGAAGUUUCUGAGUGAUGCAUCUGUCACAGCUGGAGGCUUCCAGAUUAAAUACGUCACAGUGGAUCCUGCAUCGAAAUCUAGUCAAGCCAAAAAUACAAGUACUACUGGAAAUAAAAAGUUCUUACCUGGAAGGUUUAGCCAUCUAUAAAAAAAUUGUUUUUUAAAAAAAGAUAUUCAAAACAUCCAGUACAAUAUUUAUAUUUGUAGCUCUUGGACCUCAUUUGUUCUCUUUUGUAUUUUUAUUAUUAACAUGUAUUUAUUAUUUUUCCAAAUGUGAAAGCAAUAUCUAAUUAUGGGGAAAACUGACAAAUACAGAGAACUCCAAUGAGUUUAAAAAAA